CAUGCCUGUACUCAUCAUGCAUCCGGGUACGGAACAUGGGAAAGUAGCGAAUAAACAUGGAAGUCAACUCAGCAUUUUAAAAAAUAUCAACAUGGCAACAGCUGACGUGAAGCCGCUUCAGAAUGCCAUGAAAAUGGCGAAAACGGCAAUAAAUCUGGACGGAGGAAACAGACACAAGGAAGCUUACUGUGAAUACCUUCGGACAAUCAACUACAUAUCACAUGUCCUUUUGGAGGAAGCUGUGUCCCAAACCUCGGAGAAGGACAUGGUUCAGCCGAAGGUGGAACGCAUGUUGACACUGGCUGAGCAGUGUCUGGAGCGAGCCAGGUCAUUUCUAAACAAGACCGCUGACCCCUCUGCACUUUCGGCCUCUGGUUCCUCUUCCCUUUCAACGAGCCAGUCCAGCUGUCGUCCAGUUGCUGCGGUCAUUAAUGCAGCUACUUCAUCUAGUGAGCAGGAAGAGUCCAGUCCCACGAAUACUUGCCGGCACCCGGGUGAUGAUCGGGUGCGGUCCCCUUUCCUGCCUCCUCAUGUCUUCCAAAGACUACAAACAGUGGUGUUAAAGGAUAUGCACAAAAAGGAGCUGACACCCAUUGAAGAAGCCUCACAUUUGAAUCAGAAGCUAAAAGCCAAUUAUGAGGCUCGCCUGGCAAGACUCACACCUGGUCAGGCCUAUCAGAAGACUUCUUUAACACUGACCCUCCAGCGGCAGAUGAUGGAGAACCUCAUCAUAGCCAAAGCAAGGCAAGAGGCACUCCAGCGGAAGAUGGAGGAAACAAGAUUACGGUUGCAGGAAGAAGCCAACAGGAGAUUUGCAGCCUCCGGGGCAAUGACUCCAGAGGAGCAGGAGCAGCGAAUUCUUUAUACCAAUGUUUUGGAGUACGAGCAAGACCAUGAUUGGCCCAAGCAAUGGAAAGCCAACAUGAGGGAGAAUUCUGAUGAUGUCGCUUUAGUGACUGAAUUGAUUUCCUGCCUGCUCAGUUCUGAUCAUCCAGUGGUGAAGCUGCUGAAGAAACAACAAUAUCGCAUCUACAACAGGCUGUAUCCGAUUGUCAGUAAAGGACUAGCAACAAGUCAUGCACUAGCAGUGAGACCAUCCGACAGCGGUAACAACCCCGUACAUCCAGGCAGCACUACAAGCAAUAACCAGGACUUCACCAGCGACUCCUUGCUUUCGCCGUCACUAUCUCAUGACGUAAACAUUACCGAUGAUGUGGGAGAAGGGAAGGAACGUCGGCCGUAUAUGACGAAGGAGCUCGACAACUCUUUUGAAGAUUUAGAGCAGUUUCUCUCCGAAAUAGACUGGGAUCAGCUGGACAGCAGCAUUAAAGACUCUUGCUUCGACCCGGAGCUAAGCGGUGAUAAGGCCACUUGUCAGGUGCUGGAGGAGGAAACCUUUUCAGACCUGGAGAUGAGGGCGCUAAAACAACACCUGAAAGCAAUUGUCAAAGACAUACAUAUAGCCAUUGAGCAACUUCUGUCACUUUGUUUGCUGUCCUUUGAGUGUCUGAACACAGCCAGCUAUAAGGACUUGUGCCUGGCCAGCAUCGAGGAGUCCUUUUUUAUGCCUCUAUGGAGUGCCUUGCUUGCUCUUUUCAGGAAGGUCCACAGGGAAAGAGAACUCUCAUGUGAGAUUCGAAUGAAACUCUUUCAGGAUGUUUCGCCUCUCGAUUUUGGUGUGCCCUUGUCACUGUUCCCCCUGGACCCUCACACACUGAAAGGUUCUUACCCUUAUGAGUGUGCUGUUCAAGAGCUGAAGCUUCUUACAAAAGACUUCUGCCCUCAAAGAAAGUUGGAAUGUAUUGUGAGGACAUUACGCCUGAUCUGCGCUUGUGCUGAAGACUACAGAGGCCUUCACGAGGUGGAUUCAGCACCCAGUACAGCUGCCAUUGGUGCCGAUGACCUACUGCCAAUCCUGUCCUUUGUGGUUCUGCGCUGUCAGUGUCCUCAACUGGUCUCUGAAUGUGCUGCCUUGGAGGAGUUCAUCCAUGAAGGCUAUUUGAUUGGCGAGGAAGGCUAUUGUUUGACUUCCAUGCAGAGUGCUUUGGCCUUUGUGCAGUCGCUGCAUGUAGACGGCGUGGACCCUCCUGCAGAGCACUCCGUUUGAAACAGGUAGAUGAUAUUCUCAUUCUUUUGUGUUGGAUUCAUAAGCAAAACAUUGUAUCCAGUACAGCAAAUACAAUAUAUUUGAUCAACUCAACAAAUGGGACAAAUACAGUAAAUCCAAUGGGCACAACUGUAAUCCAGUUGAAGGGAAUUGACUAGAAGUAAUUGUACACAAGAGGUUGCUUUUUUGUUUUUAUUUAAAUUUGGUUCAAAUGAGAUGAUAUUUUAUAAAAGUGUACUUUCGUCAUUUGACCAUGAAUGCCCUUCUGAGGCUCAGUUUUUUUGUCUGUUUCAAAACCACAUUUGCACACAUUUUAUUUAAAGGAAUCCAAGUGUUUUUCUUGUUUUUAAUUGCUUCUUAUUGUUUGAAAGAAGCGUGUCUUGCGGAUGAAAAAAACGUUUGCAAUAUUUAUCUGGCAUGGUUUGUUAAGACAUCACUUAUAUCAAUGUUCAGUAUAAUAAUAAUAGUUAUAAUAUAUUUAAUAUAAGGACUGAGUAAAUAUUUCAAUUCUAAUGAAUUGUGUACUGGCUCAACUAUAAAACACAAUUUGACUGAUGUUCAUGUCAAAACAUUUUGAAAAGGUCAUUUAGAAUGUAACACAAAAAUAAAGUCUAUAUGUGAGGUGGCGACUUGUCCAGGGUGUACGCAGUCUUCCGCCCGAAUGCAGCUGAGAUUGGCUCCAGCACCCCCCGCGAUCCCAAAAGGGACAAGCGGUAGAAAAUGGAUGGAUAUGGCUGCUUUUUGUUUUGUUUUUACAAUUCAAACUCUGUGCAUUAUGCAAAUUAUUAAUUGUAUAUGAAUUCUGUAACCUUCUUGUUCUUUGUUAAACAAUAAACAAUAAAUGUGUUUGGGUCAAUAAAGACAAGAUUAUGUUUUUAUGGUUUUAGAAUUUAACUUCCAUUGGGGGAUGAAGUGUGAAAUAAUAAAUCUUUUAGAUACUGAAUAAAAAGAAUUAUACAAAUAUUAAACAUUACCUUAAAGUUGGAAAUAUAUCAAAUAAUUAAUUAUUUAAUUAGAACAUCUUAAUUAUGCAAUGAUAACAUAAUUAAAAAAAUUGUAUAGUUAUAUUCUUUUAAGCUUUAAGAAAAUAAAGCUAUGAAAUAUUUCCUUGUAAUCUACAAAAUACAUUGAAUUAAUAUUUUUAUUAAUCAAAUAUCAUAUUAAAUACAUAAAAAGUAUAAACAAUUAAAUGUAUUUGUAAAUUAAUCUUAAAUCGUAAAAAUACUCAGUGUUAAGCUUAUUAAAAGUACACAUUGAAUAUCAACUCAAUAAUACUUAAAAUAAUCAAAAAUAUACUUUCAAUUAAGUUUUACAGUACUUAAUUAAAAAUACAUUAAAUAAACAAUUACAAUUUUUUGAAUAGUACAAUAUUAACCUGUAAUUAAAAAAUGUAAAAGUAAUUCACAUAUUUUAUUUUCGAAACUCAAAUAUUCAAGAAUACAAAUGUACAAAACCCAAAACCAGUGAAGUUGGCACGUUGUGUAAAUCAUAAAUAAAAACCGAAUACAAUGAUUUGUGUAUUAUUGCCCGAGGCAUGGGUAACUUACACAUCUGUGACGGCAAAAUUAAUGCUGAAAGGUACAUACAGGUUGUGGAGCAACAUAUGUUGCCAUCCAAGCAACGUCUUUUUCAUUGACGCCCCUGCUUAUUUCAGCAAGACAAUUUCAAGCCACAUGUUACAACAGCGUGGCUUCAUAAUACAAGAGUGCGGGCACUAGACUGGCCUGCCUGUAGUCCAGACUUGUCUCCCAUUGAAAAUGUUUGGCGCAAUAUGAAGCCUAAAAUACCACAACGGAGACCCCGAACUGUUGAACAACUUAAGCUGUACAUCAAGCAAGAAUGGGAAAGAAUCCCACCAGAAAAGCUUCAAAAAUUGGUCUGCUCAGUUCCCAAAUGUUUACUGUGUGUCGUUAAAAGGAAAGGCCAUGUAACUCAGUGGUAAAAAUGCCCCUGUGCCAACUUUUUUUGCAAUGUGUUGCUGCCAUUAAAUACUAAGUUAAUGAUUAUAUGCAAAAAAAUUGAAUUUUCUCAGUUUGAACAUUAAGUAUCUCGUCUUUGCAGUCUAUUCAAUUGAAUAUAAGUUAAAAAGGAUUUGCAAAUCUUUGUGUUCUGUUUUUAUUUACCAUUUACACAACCUGUCAACAAUUAGCUCUGAGGUUGUGCUUUUACUGGCGACUUUAAAGUCUGUGUGCUAUAAAACAAGUAAAACAUCAAUUCUAUCUUUGUUUUCCAAUUUUGGUUGAAAUCAUGUGCCUUUUGAGUCUAAGGUACAAAGAAACACCUAAAAUAUUGAGAAUGUGAAAAAAAAAUCCAGGAAUUCACAUCGUAGGAAUUUUAAAGAAUUUAAUAAAGAAUGUAUUAAAAGUUC